AUGAGAUCCACUAGAAGAACCAUGACAGCCCGAGGUAGAGGCAGAGCAAGAAAUGCUCCUUUAAAUGCACAGGCUAAUAACGACCACUGUGAUGUAUGUACGUACGGAGGUCGUAUGAUGUGUUGUGACGGAUGUCCAAAGGCAUUCCAUUUUACUUGUUUGGUGCCUCCGCUUGACGUUGAUAAUCCACCAACUGGAAAUUGGUAUUGUAGAGAAUGUGGUACUGAAAGUUCUCGUCAACCACAACAACGAGGUCGCAAAGGUCGUCGUAAAUUCAACCUUUUUAAAGAACUUAAAGAUAAAGCUCGCACAUCAAAUCCAACAUCUUUUAUGUUGCCGGAACAUAUUAGAAAUGCGUUUGACGGAAUAUUUGCAGGCAAACAUGGAGAAUUCCGGGAUUCUAAUAAGGAAAAGCCUGUUCAACUUGAUAAAAGGGGUUACCCAGUAGAGCCAGAUCGGGAAAAAUUUACCGAUUCCAAGGGAAAGCAAAUUCGCUGCUAUUACUGCAAACUACCUCCGAAACAUCUGAAACCGGUAAUGUCAUGCGAUUUUUGCGAUCAACAUUGGCACUUUGAUUGUUUGACACCACCCCUUACAAUCGCACCUCCUUUGCACAAGAAGUGGAUGUGUCCACUUCACGCGGAUCAUGCAUUGCCUCCAAUGCGCAGAUUGCGUGGAGAAGAUGUUCUGCCUUUUAUGGAUAAUACUGCAAUCGAACUUCCUCCUGAAAGACGGCGGGUUGAAUGCGAUCCGGAAUUUUAUCUCAACGAAACUUUACACAGGUUACCAAAGAAAAGUGUCACAUUGGAUUGGAUUGGGCAGUUAUUAAAGGGUGUGGUCGUGGAAGAAAAUGAUGAGAAGUUGCAGAUGACGGUAGCCACCGAAAAGAUGCAGUCAUCAAGCAAAGAAGACAAGAAGCGUGAGGUUCCCGAUAAAGGUAAAAGAAAGGAAUUCUUCCGAGAUAAUGAAGCCCUUAUUCGCGAAAAAGGCAAGGGUAAAGAAAUAGCUCACGACGAAGGUAAAGUAGAAGAAUUCAUUUCCGUGAAGGCGGAUGAGGAAUAUGUUCAAAUGGCGAUAGCCAUUGAGCUAUCACGGAAUGAAUAUGAUGAUAAAGGGGAGUCAAGCGGAUCAAAUGGUGACAAUUACGAAGAUGAGAGGCAACUACAACCUGAAGAUUAUGAAGUAGACGAAUCGUUUAUUAGUUCAACUUCGUCGACAAACGUGCGAAUCCAAACCGAAUCCGAAGAAAAUGAAAACUUCGAGAAAAGAAGCCUAAUAAUGGGAGAACGAGUAGUUAAACGACCUCGUCAAGACAAUGAAAUCGGUGCCGUUUUAGGAAAUAACGACGAUGAAGCCGUGAACAAUGAGGAAAACCCAUUAUUCUUGUUGGUUGAAGCUGCCUUUGGUGGCUUUGUUAGUAUUCCAAUCCAUUAA